AUGUUAUCCCGCCGUGCCCUCACCGUCCUGGCGCUCGUCACCGUCACCGCCGUCGUCUUCCUCAUUUCCUCGCGGAGACUCGGCGCCGACUGGGCCAUCGAGGGUCCCAACUACCAUCCAUUCCAACAAGGCCAUGGCCCGCCUCCUCCGCCAGGUCCGCCAGGAAGUUCACCAAGCGCCGGUCCCGGAGGGCGUCCUCCCCCACCCGGCCCGCCGCCUCCCGGAGGCAAGCCCGACAAGCCCAGCGCCGAAGAUGACCGCCAAGCGCAGCACAACGUGACGAACCAAGACAUCCCUUACCGUCCUCACGAUCCCAUUUGCGACACCUUCCCCGACACGAGCAACAUUCUCGUCAUCAUGAAGACGGGCGCCACCGAGUCCUUCGACAAGGUCCCGACCCAGCUCAUGACAAUGCUCAAGUGCUUGCCCGAGUUCUUCAUCUUCUCCGACCUCGAUCAGACCAUCGCCAACUACCACAUCCGUGACAGUCUCGACAGCGUCCUGCCAGAGGCCAUGGACGGCAACAAGGACUUUGACCUCUACCGCCGCCAGAAGGCCUGCCAAGCCGACCAGCAGAGCUGCAACAAGCUUGCCGUGUCCAAGGAUGAGGGAUGGAACCUCGACAAGUACAAGAACGUCCACAUCGCCGAGAAGACAUAUCACAUGCGCCCCAACUACGACUGGUACGUCUACAUCGACGCCGACACCUACGUCCUGUGGCCCACGCUUGUUCAGUGGCUUAAGAAGCUCAACCCAAAGAACAAGCACUAUCUCGGCAGUGUGACUAUGAUUCGCAACUUCAUCUUUGGCCACGGUGGCUCCGGCUACAUCAUCUCUCAGGCUGCCCAUCGCGACAUGAUUGCUGGCAAGGAAAAGGUCGGAAACCAGUGGGACGUCCGCGCCAGUAAGGAGUGCUGUGGUGACUACAUCUUCGCCCUCGCCAUGAAGGAAAACGCGGACGUGGACGUUCAUAAUGUGUGGCCCACGAUCAACGGCGAGAAGCCCUUCACGCUCCCCUACGGACCGACGCACUGGUGCCACCCCAUCGUCACAAUGCACCACAUGAACGCCGAGGAGAUUUCGACCUUUUGGGAAUUCGAACACGAGCGCUACGCCGACCCAAGCCUGCCGAGUCCGCCCCCUGUCAUGCGCAUCAAGGACAUUUACCACCGAUUCUUCGCCCCGAAGAUGAUCCCCGAGCGCGCCGAUUGGGACAACCUCGCCGACGAUCGAUUCUACCUCGACCAGGCAGCCAACAAGCACGACGAUACACAGCUUAGCCGUGCCAAGCUGGACGACCUGUCGCCCGAAGAGAAGGAAGCGCACAAGUCCUUUGGCCAAUGCCGCAAGGCAUGCGAAGCCGACCAGAACUGCUUCUCCUUCCAGUACAGGGACGGCGUCUGCGGCUUCAGCUGGGCCUUCAAGCUUGGCCACCCUGUCCGGAAAGAAUCCCAGGAGGAGAAGCGCCGCAUGUCCGGCUGGGACGUUCGCAAGAUCAACUCCUGGAUCGAGAAGCAAGGCGAGUGCGGACCCGUCAAGUGGCCCGAUGUCUGA